AUGGGCGUAUUGCCAGAGUUAUCAAAGGCAGUCCAGGAGAUGGAUUGGAUUCUACCGACUGACAUUCAGAGCGAGGCUGUGCCUCUCAUUCUGGGUGGUGGUGACGUUCUUAUGGCCGCGGAAACUGGUAGUGGGAAGACUGGUGCCUUUUGUCUUCCUGUAAUUCAGAUAGUCUACGAGACGAUUAAGGACCUAGAGGGGGGAAAAUCGAUCAAAAAGGCUACCGGAGGUGACGCCGUUGGGAAGAAAAAUGUUUGUCUCAAUGUGUUUGAUAGAACGGAGGCCUUUGCCAUUGACCCGAAUGGUCUUUUGUGCCAAAGUCGGGAUCAGUUUGCCUGGCAUGGAGCACGAGCCACAAAGGGCGUUCGAAACCAUGGCAAGUACUAUUAUGAAGCGAAAGUCAAUGACGACGGGCUAUGCCGUGUUGGUUGGUCAACUGCUCUGGCCUGUUAUGACAUUGGUACAGAUGCUGAGAGCUUUGGAUUUGGUGGUACAGGAAAAAAGUCCCAUCGUCGUCAAUUCGACGAUUAUGGCGAGUCUUUUGGACUUAACGAUGUUCUCGGCUGCUACCUCGAUUUGGACUCUAGAACUGUCAGCUGGUCCAAAAAUGGCAACCGCUUUCCCAAGGCUUUUGAUCUGCCAGUCCAUCACGUCUCAUCAGGACUCUUCCCCUCGGUAAGUCUUAAGAACGCCGAACUGUUGCUUAACUUCGGAGAAGCGCGAUUCGCAUUUCCACCCAGCGAUGGUUUCAUUUCAAUCAACGCAGCAGAAGAGAAAAAUGUUGUUUUAUCGUCUUACACCGGUGGGAAGUCACAGGGCUCCUUCAAGCCCAGUGCCAAAUCUCCACUGGCUUUGGUUGUUGAGCCUUCACGGGAAUUAGCAGAGCAGACCUACGAUCAGAUGAAGAAAUUUAAGAAAUAUCUCGCAGAUCCAAGUCCUCGUGUUACAUUGGUCAUUGGUGGAACCAGCGCAAAGGAGCUUACAGAGGAAAUUAAUAAAGGGGUUGAUAUAGUGGUCGCUACACCUGGACGUCUGGAGGAUAUGGUCUCAACGGGCGCCUUGCUGUUGUCGAACUGUCGCUUCUUCAUUCUAGACGAAUGCGAUGGUCUUCUUUCUGCCGGCUACGGGCCGAUGAUUCAGCGCCUGCACGCCCUCUGUCCCAAGGUUACGUCGGAUGGGAAGCGUCUUCAAAUGGUUGUGUGUUCAGCUACGUUACACUCGUUCGAUGUUAAGAAAAUCGCUAACCAGUUGAUGCACUUCCCUGUUUGGAUCGAUUUGAAGGGUCAAGAUUCUGUUCCGGAAACAGUCCACCAUGUCGUAUGCCCCGUUGAUCCAUAUCAGGAUACCUCGUGGAGGCAGAUGAUGAGCCAAUCCGGUCAACACAUCCAAACUGAUGGUGUUCAUAUGAGGGACCAACUUAAUCCCAACUAUGAGACUUCUGAACUCAUGUCAGAGGCAGUAAAACUGCUCAAGGGACAGUAUGUGGUACGAGCAAUUGAACGGCAGAAAAUGGACCGUGCGUUGAUUUUCUGUCGCACUAAAUUGGACUGUGAUAAUUUGGAGAAAUAUUUCACCGCUUUGGGGGGCGGUCCGUCAAAAUUCCAUGGUCAAUUCAGUUGUGUUUGCCUCCACAGUGAUCGAAACCCCGCGGAAAGAAAAACAAAUUUGCAGAAAUUCAAGAAUGGUGAUGUCAAUUUUCUCAUCUGCACUGACGUCGCGGCUCGUGGUAUCGACAUAACAGGUCUACCCUAUGUAAUCAAUAUGACGCUGCCAGACGAGAAGCAGAACUAUAUUCAUCGCAUUGGUCGUGUCGGUAGAGCUGAACGAAUGGGUCUUGCGAUUAGUUUGGUGGCCACGUGCAAAGAAAAGGUAUGGUACCAUGCCAACUGCGCCUCACGUGGACGUAACUGUUUCGACACGCGUCUUGUUUCCGGAGGUGGCUGUUGCAUUUGGUAUAAUGAGAAGCAAUUACUAGGAGAAAUCGAGGAGCAUCUAGGUAUCACUAUCGAUACGAUAUCGAAGGAUCUUCAGGUCCCUGUUAACGAAUUCGACGGAAAAGUGAUCUAUGGGCAGAAGUUGAAGAGUGUCGCGCCAAGCUAUGAGGGUCAUACGGCUGUUUUGAGAGAGGCACUAAAGGAACUUAAUGCAAUGGAGAAAAAGGCCCAAAUAAGCUUCCUGAAUUUGCGAUACGGCAGUGCAGUCAAGUGUUAA